AUGUCUACCAAUAAAAAAGAAAAUAAAGAAGAGAUUGAAGAGGAAAUUAUUGAAGAAAUUAAAGAAGAAAUUGAAGAAAAAAUUGAAGAAAAAAAUGUCGAUAAUUCAUCAUCCUCUACCGAAAAAGAAAAUGAAUCAAAAGGAGUAGAAAAUCUUGAAAAUGUCUCAGAAUUAAUUGUUUCAGAAAAUUAUGAAGAAAAUUAUGAAAAAAAUGAAAAUACUCAACACAUUCAACCUAAAAUUCAAUUCACGGAACAAGAAAAACCCGAGCGUGCUAUUAAGACAGAUCAUACUACAAUAAAUACUUCUGAACUUAACUCUCAUGAAGCAAUAAGUAUUUCAAAAAUUGAAGAAACGACUCAUUCUCCGAAAAAGAGAAAAUUUGAUAUUGAUGAACAUUUACAUACAAUAGAAAAAAUUGCCGAUCUAUAUCACGUUAACGUCAAUAGCGACAAACCUUCCGAAUCACGUGGUUUGAAUGAGGAACAGGCUGCUAGACUAUUGCAAGAGCACGGUCCCAAUGUUUUAACUCCUCCCAAGAAGAAACAUCCAAUAUUAAAAUUUCUUGAACGUCUCUUCACCUUGUUCAAUAUUUUAUUGAUGGUUGCUGGUAUUCUAAUGUAUAUCUUAUACUUCAUUGAUAGGGUGGGGAAUAAAGCUAACGUUUAUCUUGGUGCUAUUUUGAUUGGAGUAGCUUUCCUAAAUGCCGCAAUAGAAUUUUAUCAAUUACAAAAAUCGGCUGCAAUUUUAGAAUCUUUUUUGAAUAUGAUUCCCCAAAAAUGUCACGUGCUGAGAGAAGGGAAACUUACUCAAAUACAAGCUUCAUCCUUGGUACAGGGAGAUGUUGUUUUCGCAAGAAUGGGUGAUAAAAUACCUGCGGAUCUUUUUAUAUUUGCAGCUAAUGAUAUGAAAGUUGAUAAUUCAUCACUCACUGGUGAAUCUGAACCUCAAGAACGAUUGAAAACAAAUACUCAUAAAAAUCCAUUAGAAGCCACUAAUUUAUGUUUUAAUGGAACACUUGUUGUUUCUGGUGAAGGGUUUGGUAUUGUCAUACGCACUGGGGAUCAUACCGUAUUAGGUCAAAUUGCUGGACUUACCGCUGGUGAAGAAAAAAACAAAUCUCCGUUAGCAAGAGAAAUCGAUAAUUUCGUAAAAAUUAUAGCCACUAUAGCUAUUACCUGUGCAAUUAUUUUCUUUGGUAUAGGAUUUGAAGUGAACAAUAAGAAUUUUUCACUUACUAUUGGUUUUGCUAUCUCUGUACUUGUCGCCUGGGUCCCUGAAGGUUUACCAGCAACUGUUACUGUGCUUCUGACUAUUGCAGCAAAACGAAUGGCAGCAAGGAAUGUACUUGUUAAAGAUCUUCAAGGUGUAGAAACUUUGGGUGCAAUUACUCUACUUGCCACAGAUAAAACUGGUACUCUCACUCGUAAUCAAAUGACCGUAACUAAUAUUUGGGCUUCAUUAAAUAUGUAUUCUGCAUUUCGAAAUAUGCAAAACGAAAACGCCGCUUUUGAUCCAAAUGCACCUGGUAUACCAGAAAUAAUAAAUAUUUCUUUAUUAUGUUCUCGUGCAAAAUUUGAUCGAAAAGAUGUGCCAUUCUCAGAACGUCAAAUUCUUGGUGAUGCUACAGAAACUGGUCUUAUACGGUUUGCCGCACAACAUACAGAUUUUGAUGAACUUAUCAAUACAUAUCCCAAAGUUUUUGAAAUUCCAUUCAAUUCUGAAACAAAAUGGGCACUUACCAUUCAUAAGAAAAGUCAUAAUAAUGGAAAGUUAACCUUGUAUAUUAAAGGUGCACCUGAAAGAAUACUUCAGAUUUGUUCGACCGUUUUAUCAGAAGAUGGAUCAAUUCCAAUAACAAGUGAACACAAGGCAAAAUAUGACGAAGUUUACGAAUUCAUGGCUUCUAAAGGGCAUCGUGUUUUGGCUUUUGCUCAAUUUUUGCUACCCGAAGAUCAAUAUCCAGAAGAUUUUGUAUUUAAAAAAGAGGAAAAAAAUUUUCCUCUUAAUAAUCUCUGUUUCAUUGGAUUAGUAUCACUUGAAGACCCUCCAAAGCAUGGAGUUCGAGAAGCCAUUGGCCGUUGUCGUCGUGCUGGUAUUCGUGUAAUAAUGGUAACCGGCGACCAUCCAUUAACAGCCGAAGCUAUAGGACGUAAAAUAAAUUUGAUGCUUUAUGACACAAAAUCAAUGGUUGCCAAGAAAAAUAAUCUUCCUAUUGAAUCUAUUGGUGAAGAUGAAUAUAAUGCUAUUGUCAUUAAAGGUGAACAGGUUGAUACAUUAACUGAUGCAGAAUGGGAUCUCAUUUUUUCUAAACCUGAAAUUAUCUUUGCCCGUACUUCUCCUCGUCAUAAACUUGAAAUUGUCAAACGUGCUCAAGGAAUGGGUCAUAUUGUAGGCGUUACUGGUGAUGGUGUUAACGAUUCUCCUGCUUUGAAAAAAGCAGAUUUAGGUAUCUCAAUGAAUUUAUCAGGAUCUGAUGUAUCAAAAGAGGCGGCUGCCAUGAUUUUGAUGGAUGAUAAUUUUGCUUCAACAGUGAAUGGGAUUGAAGAAGGACGUCUCAUUUUCAGUAAUCUCAAAAAAUCAAUUCAAUAUACUAUUACUCACUCAACACCACAAGUCACUGUUUCUUUACUAUUUGUUCUUGUACCGAUUCCGUUGCUGUUAACUCCGAUACUUAUUUUGUUGGUUGAUUUGGGAUUUGAACUAUUUUUAGCAUUGACAUAUGCAUGGGACCCACCGGAAAGCAAAACUGGUCUAAUGAAAUUAAUGCCUCGAAAACCUGUAACUCCCGAAUCUAUUGAACGUCUUCGUCGCCGAGCCUUUAACCGGACACCAACUAUUACAGAUCCCAAAACCGGAGAAAAAGUUCAACCCUCAAAGUUCUCUCAAAUUAUUACAUUUUUUAAAAAACCCUUCACUAAAUCGUGGUGGUCAGAAAAAUUUGAAAAACAAGAAGGUGAAGUAUUGGUUGACGGCAAUCUUUUAAGUUGGUCAUACAUAGAAUUUGGUUUAAUAGAAGCUACAGGAUGUAUCAUAUCGGCUUUUGUCGUUUUAAAUUCUCAUGGAUUUACUCCAUACGAUGUUCGAGCCAUGCAACAAUCAUCGUCUGAAAGAAACUAUUUUACUGAUAAGGCUGAUCCUUAUACAACCAUUAAUGGAGUAGAAAAAACGGCAUCAGAGCAAACAGAAGCAUUAGGCCAAGCAAUUUCAAUUAUAUAUCUUGGGAUAUUAAUAGAACAAAUUUUUAAUUUAUUCGCCUGCAAAGCACGAUAUCGACUUCCGCUCGGAAAAUUCAUGUUCGCUAAUCCUCGAAAUUUUAUUGGUGCAGCUCUCGGACUUUGCUUCGCGAUGAUUCUCAUUUAUGUUCCAGCACUAAAUGUUGUGUUUGGAACGAACUAUAAAUUAAGUCCUAAAUUUUGGUUAAUACCCAUUGGAUUUGGAAUAUUUAUAUUGAUUUACGCUUGCAUUAGAACCUUAAUUUUGAAGAAAUUACGUCCGGCCAACGUGAGUGAGGACAUUUCUGAAUUACAGAUGUACCCAACCAUACAUUCCGUUGAACGGAAACAGAUUUCCAAGCUUACAGCCGAGAUUGAUACACUUAAACGGGAAAAUGUGGGAAUAUACUAUCGACUCCAUCAACUCCAAACCGACGAUUUGAAACUCUCAAGCUAA